AAUGCGCACCAAGUAGCAUGUUAUUUUUGUUAAUAAGCAACCAUUUUCACAGGGAUGACAGAGGGCAAAGUCCAUUUGAUAAUGAAAGAUAUUAAGACUAAAGAAAUAUGAAUAAGCCAUAUUAAUGAUAUGUUACAUGAUAGAGGAUUUUGUUUUGUGGGAGGCGUUGCUUUUCUUUUCAGACAGGCCUCAGCACAUGCAGCUCCAUUUCAUUGAAAUAUGAAGGUCCAUCAUCAGCAGUUGCUGAUCUGAUACUGGCUGACUCGUGGAGGAUGCGACAGAGCAAAUGUCUGUUUAAAUACUCAGUGGAACUGCAAGCCUUCAGGCAAACUUGGGAAGUGGUGACUGGAGGAAGGAGGUGACCACAAACAGUCAUGGGAUGUGGCGUCUCAAAGUCCGGCCAUUUCCACAAACACUCCGGAAAAGCCGUCACAACCUUAAGAGCUGCUGUCCUGAUUCAGCGAUGGUACCGUCAGUACGUGGCGCGCACAGAGAUGAGACGAAGAUACACCUGGAACAUCUUCCAGUCCAUCGAAUACUCUGGAGAACAGGCUCAGAUAAAACUUUAUAAUUUCCUCGGCUACCUCAUGGACAAUUUUACACCAUCAAGCAAUGAACGGAAUUUGAUCUCGCACAUCUUCAGAGAGAACGAGGUUUGUCAGGAUGCAGAGUGGGAGAGGUACUUCUGCUACAACAACAUUGAAGUGCCUGAGAUUUACUCAGGACCUCACCUCACUUUCCCUCUGACAGCAAACCAGGCUGUCGGUCUGGUGGAAGCCUUCAGGAACAAGAAGCAGCUGCACUCUCGCUAUGUCCUCCAGCUCCUCAUGGAGACAUGGAAACGGCUCCGUAUGUUGCCAAAUAUCAACCGCAUAUCCACCUGCCACAGCAAGGAAAUCGCUAUUUGUGGUGAUUUGCAUGGGCAGCUGGAAGACUUGCUGCUGAUUUUCUACAAGAAUGGCAUGCCAUCCUUAGAGAAGCCCUAUGUGUUUAAUGGAGACUUUGUGGACCGGGGCAAAGAUUCCAUUGAGAUCCUCCUCAUUCUGUUUUCAUUCAUGCUUGUCUAUCCGGGAGACGUCUACCUCAACAGAGGAAACCAUGAGGACCAUAUAGUCAACCUGAGGUAUGGCUUCACGAAGGAGGUGCUGACUAAAUACAGGAUGCAUGGCAAACGGAUCCUGAAGCUGCUGCAGAAGAUUUUCAGCUGGCUGCCCCUGGCAACAGUGAUUGACCAGAAGGUGCUGGUCCUCCAUGGAGGGAUCUCUGACAGCACGGACCUCGGCAUCCUUGCAAGAGUCGACAGACACAAUUAUGUCUCAGCACUGAGACCUCCGAAGAAGAGACACCACGUCGCAACGGGAAUAUCCAUUGACUCAGACACAGAUGAGGAUCUCGGCUUCUCAAACAAGAUCGGCCAGCGUCGGGCCUCCCUCGUAUAUCCCAAACCUCUUGGAACACGCGACUGCUUCCACAACCGCUCAUUGCAGGACUUGACUGACCGGAUCAAAGCGAACACGGAGGACGAGCUGGAGAUCCGCAGGAAGAAACAGUCCCUUUUAAACUCUGCGGUCAGCAAACCAGAGAAAGACUCUAUGUCUGUGUCCUCGGAAUCUCUCAACAGUGACAACACCAAGGAGGAGUGGAAACAGAUCCUGGACUUGCUGUGGAGCGACCCGAUGUCUCAGGAUGGCUGCGUCCCCAACGAGGUGAGGGGUGGGGGCUGCUACUGGGGUCCCAAUGUCACAGAGGACUUCCUGAACAGACACAGCCUGCAGCUCAUCAUCCGCUCCCACGAGUGUAAGGAGGACGGUUAUGAGUUCUGUCACAACCGCAAGGUCCUUACUUUGUUUUCGGCCUCCAACUACUACGAUGUGGGAAGCAACAGGGGGGCUUACGUGAAGCUGGGUCCAGAUCUCGUGCCUUAUUUAAUUCAGUACCAGGCAAGCAGCAUGACCAGAGAGCUCACUGUGAGACAAAGUGUCGGACAAACUGAGCGCUCAGCCCUUAAAGUUCUGCGGGAGCAGCUCUUUGCACACAAGUCUGACCUCAUCUGUGCCUUCAAAAAGUUUGACAGAGGGAACACAGGCCAUGUGUCUCUGAAUGACUGGGCCUCUGCAGUAGAGAGUGUCAUGCACCUCAAUCUUCCCUGGAGGAUGCUCCGCUGUCAACUGGUCACCUGCAAGACCAGUGAUGGCAUGAUAGACUACCAAGACUGGUUCAAUGAGCUCGCCAUCAAAGGGCCCAACACAGACCACAUUGACCAGAGUCUGCUGGAAACGUUGUACCGCCACCGCUCCACUUUAGAGACCAUCUUCAGGAUCGUAGACACAGACAACUCAGGCUUCAUCACCAUUGAGGACUUCAGGCAGACCUGGAAGCUGCUGAGCGUCUACUUAAAGAUGGAGAUCACAGAAGAGGCUAUCUCUGACCUGGCCGUCACUAUCGACAGCAACCAGGACGGCAGCAUCGACAUUGACGAGUUCAUGGAGGCGUUCCGGCUCACGGACAAGAAGAGCCGACUGGAGCGAGGACGCAGCAUGUUCAUGGGCACAACCACCGACCUCACAAAGCUGGAGGGAAAUCCCAACAUUUGACCAGAGAGAGAGAGAGAGAGCGCAGACUGAAAACAGGCUUCUUGCCAGGCAGCAGGGAGGAGGAGGGGGGAGGAAGGGGAAGGGGAAGGGAAGGCAAGGCAGGCAACACAAGCUGUUUCAGUGACGCACAUGAAGACGCAGGAUAUUGCAGAGCAACAGCCGCAUGGAUCACAUGGGAUUAGGAGGAGGUUAGAGUUCAGGGUGUUUGACCGCCAGCGUUUUUAUUUCACGUUGUGAGGCGGUUUUACUGACAGAGCAAGUGUGGGUGAAGCACAAAUGCAACUGCUCAGGAAAAGGGUGUCUUUUAUUUGUUUAGACUAGUUGAAAAAUAACACGGGAACAGAACCAUGUGAUUAGUGGAGAAAACAACAACAUUCAAAUUCAUUCACAUUCAGAUGACCAGCAUUCGAAACUCAUAGUAAGUUCGUAGAGUCAUAAAACAGUAUAGCGCUGCAAAUCCUUAUUUUUUUCUCAAUCAACUAAUCAGCUGAGCCUUAAACAAUCGUAUUUCUCUGUUGACGUACAUUUAAUCACUGAGACUACGCACAAAGGUCUAAAUCUGUUAAUUCUAUAGUUUUAAGUGUAAAGACAUAAAAGUCAGGUUAUCGUUGUCUCUUUUUCUCUUCAGUGUUAAUAGGAAGGAGGGGGGAUGGUUGGUGUUAUAUCCUGCUGUGUGUAACUGUUGUUUUUGAAAAUCACUGUGCAGUCAUUUCCUUUUUCCUUGAUAGCCCUGCAUCCUAACACCAACAUUUCUGCAACUAAGCUCCUCCUAAAGACUUCAUAGAUACCAGAAACUAAAGUAUAAUGACUUUAGGUGAUAACGAGGGUUGCUGCACUAAUUCAUUGUGGCUAAAUGUUGCUGGUGCCUUAGCAUUUGGAGUGUUUGAAGUUAAGUCCACUGUGCACUGAUGAUGUUUAGUUUCAGUGCUUCAUGCCAACAAUGCACCGGGACUGGUCUGGGUUGGGAAACGAGACCUCACCUUAUCCAGAAGGAGAACUCAUGAUUUUAUUUAUUUACAUAAAUGCACUACAAAUUGUUGCUUCGACGUUCACAGCAGUUGAUGUUGUUCAAAUAAGUAGUUGAAGAAUUUAUUCAACUGUGUAGUAAUUGUCUGUUUUGGGGGCUCGAUGAAGUACCUUCCUGGAGCUGCUUGUGUGGGGUUGGUAGUCUGCUUUUGCUACCUACAGAGAAAGCAGGCUCGCUGCUUCACCCUGUUUCCAGUCAGUAUGCUAAGCUAACUGUUCCUUUAACGCAACCUGUUAAACCCAUAUAAUAUAUAUGAUUUAAUACAACUAAAAGAUGUUUUCUUUGGUGUGAGUGUCAGUUUUAUCGUUUGUUUUUCUGGCUUGGUGACCAUGUAAAUACAUCUCACAUGCAAAA